AUGGCUGACGCACAUCGCGGACGUGGUGGAUUUGGGCGUGGGCGCGGAGACAGAGGACGGGGCCGUCGGGGACCCCGCCGCGGCGGACGCAAGGACGAGGAGAAGGAGUGGGUUCCCGUCACGAAGCUGGGCCGUCUCGUAAAGGACGGCAAGAUCAAGUCGAUGGAGGAGAUCUAUCUGUUCUCGCUGCCCGUGAAGGAAUACCAGAUCGUCGACUUCUUCUUGCCGAAGCUUAAGGACGAGGUGAUGAAAAUCAUGCCCGUGCAGAAGCAGACGCGCGCUGGCCAACGCACCCGCUUCAAGGCGUUCGUCGCGAUCGGCGAUUUCGAGGGGCACGUCGGCCUCGGCGUUAAAUGCGCGAAGGAAGUCGCCACUGCCAUCCGUGGCGCCAUCGUUCUCGCGAAGUUGUCUGUCAUCCCCGUGCGGCGGGGGUACUGGGGUGCGGCCCUCGGUGAGCCACACACUGUGCCCUCGAAAGUCAGCGGGAAGGUCGGUUCCGUCAUGUGCCGUCUCAUCCCUGCGCCAAGAGGUACUGGUCUCGUCGCGGCGCCCGCAUCAAAGCGAUUGCUGCAGCUUGCUGGUGUCGAGGAUUGCUACACGCAGUCGAAGGGUUCGACUGCGACAAUGGGUAACUUCUUGAAGGCCACCUUCGUUGCUAUCACACAAACAUAUUCCUUCCUCACACCCGAUCUCUGGCGCGAGAUCCCUCUGUCGAAGUUCCCUUACGACGAGCACAGUGCGCACUUACAGCUUGCGGCGGGCAAGAAGGCGUAUUAG